AUGCAUCAGCUGAUUAGCUGUUGACAGGAGAUAUAACAUGUUCUAAUAUUUUUUGACUCCAAAUUUUUGUGAUCAUUGUGUGACUAUUACAUAAAUUUUUAAAGAAUGGUAGACGCUUCAACAAAAAAAACUCUUAGUGGAAUUCCUUUAUUACAAACUAAAGCAGGGCCUCGUGAUAAAGAAUUAUGGCCAAAAAGACUAGCAGAAGAAUAUCGAGCUCUUCUAGUGUACGUAAAAAGUAAUAAAGCUUCUGAUAAUGAUUGGUUUAGAUUAGAAUCAAAUAAAGAAGGUACAAAAUGGUUUGGAAAAUGCUGGCAUAUUCACAACUUGCUAAAAUACGAAUUCGACGUCGAAUUUGAUAUUCCCGUCACGUAUCCACUUACUGCACCUGAGAUAGCAUUGCCUGAAUUAGAUGGAAAGACUGCAAAAAUGUAUCGUGGUGGGAAAAUUUGUUUAAGUGAUCAUUUCAAACCACUUUGGGCUCGAAAUGUUCCCAAAUUUGGGCUUGCUCAUGCAAUGGCCUUAGGACUUGGACCUUGGCUAGCUGUAGAAAUUCCAGAUCUCAUUGAGAAAGGCAUCGUAAAACAUAAAGAUCAAUGUCAUGAUUAAUUUUUAACUUGAAAAUCAUUCCUUAAAUAUGUUAUUAUGUUAUUAAAUUUUUUUAAAUUUAAUAAAUGAUUAUUUAUCACUAUCA